UGCUCAUCAGAAAAGCUGUAUAUAGCAAAAAUGCAUGAAUGUCACGAAAUCCAUUUUAUUUAUUUUCUAAUUUCAGUGCAUCCCAUAUAUCUGAAAAUGUAUGGGAAGCCAGAAUAAACAUUUUAAAAAAUCACUAUAAUUUGUAAUAUAAGACUAGUUUGGGUAUCAUACAGAAGUGAUUAUACAAAAGAAUUUGGACUUAAUCAUUAUAAUUUAUAAUACAGACAAAUGGACACAAUGAGAAGGAAAGGUUUGAUCUAUGUUGUCGUUUAUUUUUCUAUGUUUAUCUUAUUGGAUGCAUAGAGAGGGAGGAAUGAACAAAUGGAAAAAUAUCAGUUGUUUGUGAUGUAAAGAAAAUACAGCUUAAUGAGACAAAGAAAAAUCAGAAUGAGACAUAGGGGCAGACUUAAGAUGAGAGUGAAAAAAGGGUAGACAAUUUCAUUGGACUUCAUACAUCUGAUAAGGCAUAUUGCCAGAUCAUCUCUUCCUAUUACUUUUUUAAAAAAAACUCCUGUUACAACCUCUACUAUCUGUUAUUGAAUUGGUACAUAUGAUUAUAAUAGAAAUUAAAACUAUAUUUCAAGUGAUGAAUAUGUACAUUUGUCUUUUUUUUUCCCUCUUAAAUAGAAUUGAUUGCCUGAAGAAAUGGAUACUUCUCCCUCCAAAAAAUAUCCAGUUAAAAAACGGGUGAAAAUACACCCAAACACGGUGAUGGUGAAAUAUACUUCUCAUUAUCCUCAGCCUGGGGAUGAUGGAUAUGAAGAAAUCAAUGAAGACUAUGGAAAUUUUAUGGAAGAAAAUCCAAAGAAAGGCCUGCUGAGUGAAAUGAAAAGAAAAGGAAGAACUUUCUUUGGAACCAUGGAUACUCAACAUCCACCAACAGAAGACCCAAUGACCAAUGAGAUUGGACAAUUCCAAAGUUUUGCAGAAAAAAAUAUUUUUCAAUCCAGAAAAAUGUGGAUAGUGCUGUUUGGAUCUGCUUUGGCUCAUGGAUGUGUAGCUCUUAUCACUAGGCUUGUUUCUGAUCGUUCCAAAGUUCCAUCUUUAGAACUGAUUUUUAUCCGUUCUGUUUUGCAGGUCUUAUCUGUGUUAGUUGUGUGUUACUACCAGGAAGCCCCCUUUGGACCCAGUGGAUACAGAUUGCGACUCUUCUUUUAUGGUGUAUGCAAUGUCAUCUCUAUCACCUGUGCUUAUACAUCAUUUUCAAUAGUUCCUCCCAGCAAUGGGACCACUAUGUGGAGAGCCACAACCACAGUCUUCAGUGCCAUUUUGGCUUUUUUACUUGUAGAUGAGAAAAUGGCUUAUGUUGAUACGGCUACAGUUGUUUGCAGCAUCUUAGGUGUUUGUCUUGUCAUGAUCCCCAACAUUGUUGAUGAAGAUAAUUCUUUGUUAAAUGCCUGGAAAGAAGCCUUUGGGUACACUAUGACCGUGAUGGCUGGACUGACCACUGCUCUUUCCAUGAUAGUAUACAGAUCCAUUAAGGAGAAGAUCAGCAUGUGGACUGCACUGUUUACCUUUGGUUGGACUGGGACAGUCUGGGGAGUAUCUACUAUGUUCAUUCUUCAAGAACCCAUCAUCCCAUUAGAUGGAGAAACCUGGAGUUAUCUCAUUGCUAUAUGCAUUUGUUCUACUGCAGCCUUCUUAGGAGUUUAUUAUGCCUUGGACAAAUUCCAUCCAGCUUUGGUCAGCACCGUGCAACAUCUGGAGAUUGUGGUAGCCAUGGUGUUGCAGCUUCUAGUGUUACAUAUAUUUCCUAGUGUCUAUGAUGUCUUUGGAGGGGUAAUCAUUAUGAUUAGUGUUUUUGUCCUUGCUGGAUAUAAACUUUACUGGAGGAAUUUAAGAAGGCAGGAUUAUCAGGAAAUACUAGACUCUCCCAUUAAGUGAAUACCUGAUUAUUAUCUUGUUAAUGUUCAGUUAUUAAUAGGUACACAGACAUUUUAAUGUUCAUCUGGAAAUAUGUUGUAUAACUGACAGAGUGCUAUAUAAUUAAUAUAUGCAGACGUGGAAAAAUUUAUUCUAGUCUAAUAAAUUAAAAACAUAUACUAAAUUAUGUGGAAUACCAUGAA